AUGACGGACGACACCUGCACAUAUUCGUAUAUUGCUGUAAAAGAUUGUUGUCCUAAAAUAGCUACAGGUAUUGAACGUACAUGGUUCGAUCUAAAGCUUGAGUUCAAUAGACGAGGAGAGGGGUUACCAGGCGCAAAGUAUUAUAAAACAAUCAGUGCACAAGGACCACAAUUAUUUGCUGUUAAAAUGGAUCAAACCGUUUGGUACCACGAUGCAGAUAGAUGGCAUAUGUAUAUGACAGCUAGAGAUAUCAAAUAUGGUAAAAUGCAAUCACCAGAUUUAAAUCCUGAACGCACAAUAAUGCCAACAGCGAUAAAGGAUGAUGAUGGUGAACCAUGUUUCAGUGAACAGGAGGCAGCAGAAUCAUAA